AUGACGAAAUAUCAAACCCUGCCCAAAUGUAAUCCGCAGUCUGGUGUAGGAGAGGUGAUCAAAGUCGUUGACGAGUUGCACAUGGAUGCUUUUUUGGCCAAUUGCGACUGCCGAUUCGAGAGCAGGAACACAGUUAUGUUGAAAGUUGUUGUGAUAUUUGUGAUUUGUGUAAUUAUGGUGCUUGUAACGUAUAUGGCUUUCCUGAUGUGUUUGGAUCCAAUGCUCCGCAAGCAAAGGUUCAGUCAAUCUACUUAUCGACAGCAAAACGAUGAGAUGGAGGACAACAUUUUUGCUCGAGCAGUCGACACCUCUGCUGAAGGUUCCUCAGCCACAACAGUGCGAGCGAGAGCUAGCAGUAAACCAAACGUCCUGGGACGUGUCGAAGCCGAACAAAACCGAUGGAUGAAGAAAGUGGAAGAACAGAGGAGGAACAUUUUUGAGGAUCAUACAAUGCUGAACUGA